AUAAUAUAUGUAUAUAAAAUUAAAUGAAAUAAAAUUAAAUAAAAUUAAAAUUAAAAAAAAAAUCAAAGCAACAUUUAUUCUCAAAAACAAAGAAGUUAUUAAAUAACUAACACACUCUACCAACCAUAAAUAUAAACAAAUGCAUUACCUGCAAUUUACCUACACACUCAUCACAAUCGCGCUGCUAUCGCCACACCUGGCACCAGCGCAUGACAUUGCCAGCGAUAACAACGAUGGCGUCAGUACGCGCGCAGAAGAACAUAGUGCAAUGCAAAAGUUGCCUAUGCCAGGGAAUACAACGCUUAGUCAUUUGCCUCAAGGCGUCGUGGACUUAGAUGAAGACAAGGCAAUCAUAACAGCAAGGACGCGGCAACAAGUGGUUAUUGGAGAACAACCAGUUCACAGAAACGAUGAACCAAAAAUCCAACAACGUUUGCGUCGUCAACUGCAAGACACACAUCAACGGCGACAAGAGCGACGUCAUCGUCGUCGUCGUCGUCAACGACAAAAUAGAAAAUCACAAAUCAACUCCGCUGAUGGUACCUCGAAGCGCGCUGCUGGCGAUGAUGUUGCUAUUGCUGUUGGUGUAGUCUCAGCGGAGGACGUUACUUUGGAGUUGGAAAAUGUUGAUUUUAAUGUGAAUAGCAAUUCGAAGUUCGUUGCCGCUUCGGCGGCUGCUAUAGCAUACGAUAAUGCGGCCGAUGAAGUAGACGAUAACGACAAUGGAGGCGAUGAUGAUGAUGAUGAUAAUGAUGACGACGUGUCCUCAUCGGCGAUAUCGUUGGAUGAUGACAGUCAAGAUGAUAAGGUGCCCUUCGACAUUUACACUUGUUGCAGUAAAGUAUUUGGCUCAUGUCGUACAUCAUGCGAAAAUCUUUCCUUGGUGCAGCUGUCCUCUACUGAUAACGCUAAUGGCCGUGGCUUGCGUUUGGAACUGAAAAAAUAUUGCCCCUCAAUGCAGAUUAGUUUUUGGAGUUGCAUGAAUCGUACAUUAGAAGCUGUUGCCCGUGGCGCUGACUGGUCGGGUAGGCGUUGCUGUGCUUUGGGUUUGUCACCGCGUUGUCGCAAUGCAUGCGCCACAUCCGAAUCGAUAACGCAACCGCAACUAAUCAACGCUUGUCGCAAAAGUGAUGAACAACACAUGUUUGCCUGUUUCGAACAUCAGGAGGCUGGUGAUCGAUGUUGUGGCACAGCGCGCACAUCGGAAUGUCUACAGGCCUGUCGCGAUAUCUUCGAAUCACAUAAAACAUACAGACGCAACAAUCUCCAUCGACUACACGACCUGUGCCACGUGGAGCGUGAUGUUGAGGUCUUGCAAUGUAUAAGCAACAUCACGGGCAUGACGCCGGUGACAAACUCCCACAAAUAUCUCCCUUGCUGUGAGUACUCCAACGUGGACAGUUGUCGCAGUGCUUGUCGCUCGGUGCUGAAUAGCACAGAGAGCAUUGAUAUCAUUAUCGGAGAACUGGAGGUGGGCGGUUGUGGCAUACCGUUGCCACACAAACCGCUGUGGCAGUGUUUCCUCACAGCUGAUCGUAAGAUUUUCGUCCCAGCCACAAAGAGCACCAACGAAUUGUCACAGAUCAAUCAGAUUGGCAUCGAUUCGGCCAAAUUGCAUUGUUGUGAGAAAGCUAUCGAUGCCAAAUGUCGACGACUCUGUCUGCAGACCUAUUCAAAUGAUUGGACCGCUACGCGCGCCUUUUUAGAAGACUCCUGUUUGACAGAACGCACCGAGCUGAAGCUCCGCCAGUGCAUUGACGAAGUGGACGAGCCCUGCGCGCUGGGUUGUGAUGGCCUUAGCUUUUGCACCAAUUUUAAUAAUCGUCCAACUGAGCUUUUUCGCAGUUGUAAUGUUGACGCCGAUGCAGCUGCUCGUUCCGACUUGAAUAUGUGGCAACAGAAUGGCUCCGUUAGCUUGGAUGGUUUUGAGCUGCCCAUUAAGAAUAUGACACGUUGUGCGCCCGAACUGUGGAAGGCCAUCGCUUGUGCGCUGCAAAUAAAACCCUGCACACGUCAGCUGCACUACAAUCACAUUUGUCGUGAGGAUUGUUAUGAGAUAUUGAGCGAGUGCAUGGAUUGGACGCGUAUGCGUUGGGCAUUGAAUGCCGAUUCGGUGUGUGCGCGUAUAUCUGCCGCUGAUGAUGUGCCGUGCGUCUCGUUGCGUCCAUAUCGUGAGGAGAGUGAUGUGCCCAAAGAGACGGGUGGUCACCAUGGGUUGACUGUGCCGUGUAAGGGUGAACCAUGCAAGGGUGGUGAAGUGUGUAUUGCACGUCGCAAUGAAAGUACGGCACAUGAAUGUGUGCCCGGCUGUAGUCUUGGUGAGGCUUCCAACUAUUUGGUACCAAUUGGCGCGUAUGUACGUAUACCCGUGCUGCCGGCUGAUAAAGUGGACAAACUUGUUAUGGAUAACUUGGUGGGCGCAUUUAAGGUGUGCCGUUGUAGCGCAGAGGGUCGCAUCGAACAUUGUCAACCGCUGCCAAGCUUUACCUAUGCGAAAUGCUACCUGCCCGGCGGUUGGAAGUAUGCACAUGGCACCUCCUUCUAUUUGGAGUGUAACCUCUGCAGUUGUUUUGCCGGCGAGAUCACGUGCACGAAGAAACAGUGUCGUUUAGCAAACUAUCUCGAUCCAUCGUACACCAGCCUACCGUGCAAUUGUCCUACUCACUUUGUGCCUGUCUGCGGCACAAAUGGCAAUACCUAUCAUUCGGCAUGCAUUGCGAAAUGCCUGGGCAUGCAGGAUAAUGAGCUGCAGUAUGGCGCUUGUGCUACUUUGCACCCUUGUCGUGAGGGCGCCUAUAACUGUCCCAAUGGCCAACAGUGUCUGGAGCAGCGUAAAAUCUGUCUCUCAUCAAUGCAUCGGCCGUGUUUGCAGUACCAAUGCGUUAAUCUCACCACCGCUUGUGCUAACGUGGAACCGCAACCCGUCUGCGAUACACAACGUCGCACACAUGCAAGUCCUUGUCAUCUGCUAGCAGCGCGCGCAACACUCGCACAUUGGGGUUCCUGCUUUCGUACCUGCUCUAUGCAGGGUCCCGUGUGUGGCAUUAAUGGCGUUACCUACGCACACGAGUGCGCCGCCUGGGCGGACUAUAUAAUCGUUGAUUAUCGAAAUCGCUGCCGUCAAGUUGGUCUACUCGCCGCCGAUAUGGGUCCACGUUGCCAUACCGUAAAAUGUGCGCGUCUACCAUCAUCUUAUUGUCGCACAAUAGUGCCACCGGGCGCUUGUUGCGCCAUCUGUGCCGGCGCAUUUCGUAUUGUGUACUCACGAAAACAAAUCGAUCGCGCGCUCUAUGCGGUGCGUGCACAAAAUAAGGAUCUCCUCACUUUGCAUAGUGUAUUGCAAGCUCUGGACGCACUCGUGCAAUUAUCCGAAUGUCAAUUGACUGGUUUUCUCACCAUGGAAGUGGGUAUAUUUGUAGCGCUUGUGCCACGCUCGACCACACCAAUGCGCAUGCAAAUCGAAGCUUGUGCGCGCGAGUCCGAACGCAUUUCGGUGCUAAUUGAAGCGCAAUCGCAUGAGAUUACGACAAAUUUAUUGCUCUCCGGUCUGAUUGUUUCCCACACGGUGGAGCCGAGUGUGGAUGCGGCGGGUGGUCGCAUAUUGCUUAUGCCCAGUUUGGCGAUUUUAGCCGCACUCACACUGUGGGUGGUGCAAAGUAGACGUGCUUUAUAGUUAUAGCCUUUAAGUUGUUACUUUUUGUGGGUGAAAUGGAAGAUGAAAAAAUGUUUUUGUAAAACUGGUGAGUGAAUUCUAUAGUGCCAAUUUAGUAGUUAAAUAAUAUGCAAUUUUUAAGUAAGUGUGUAAAGCCAAGAGAGAUACCAAAAUGUAAAUAGUUUAAUUUAUGCAGAAAAUAUUUAAGAUUAUGAGGUUGGAAAUGAUUAAAAUUGCUUUCAAUAAAAGUCAAAAGUAAGGUUAUUUUUAGUUGGUGAGAUAUCUGCUACUUUUUCUUAAAGCAAACUCACACAUCCAUUCUUACAAACUGAAUGUUAUAAUAGUUUCUUGAUCCAUGUAAUAUUUCUGUGUCAUAAGUCCGAAUAACUCGAUCAGCAAAAGGGAUAACAAAUAACAAGCAUCAGUACCCGACCAUUUAGAAAUAUUGUUUUUUCUGAUGCAUAUUUUCUUCGUCUCGAUUCACAAUUCUUAAUUUGCUUCAAAUGCAGCUUUAAAAGUAGCUUAUUGUGAAUGAAAAGUGAGCUAGAAGAAGAGUAAGCAAACGUCAGUUAAAUAUUUUUACAACAUAAGAAGUGGUAUAGGCAAGUUUUUAAACGAAAUUAAUUGGAAAAAACUUAGCAGAAAGGAAAUUUAAGAUCCAUCAUAAACAAUGGAAGAACAAAAGGCACAGGAGUUGACCGAAAUAUUGGCAAAAAAAAAAA